CCUAAACAACCACCAUGGCCCAGAACGGAAAUGAGACCCUCUCGCCAGUACCUGCCGUUCGAGUCCGAGUCGUCGGUCUGUCUUCUUUUCCGCCGCAAUUGCAAGCCAAAACUUCCACCUCGCCUCUUGCCGUUCUCAGCGGUAUGCCGAUCUCCCGCCUUCUUUCUUCACGAGAAGCGGGUUGGCAUCUCUUUCGUUCCGACUCGGCGUCACAUUGCUAUCUAAUUCUUCCGGCUGGCGGUGCUCAGUUCAGUGCUGUAUACAGUAUUGCUCGAAGACCACGCCCUGUUGGCCGCACACCCGAUACUGGCACCGGUGCUUCCAGCAACUCAUGCCAAUGA